AUGAAGGCACCAUCCGACAAAAGGAACAGAAGUAAAUAUUGCCGAUUUCAUCGAGAUCAUGGUCAUGACACUGAGGAAUGUCACCAAUUAAAGGAGGAGAUUCAGGAACUUAUCAAUCGGGGUUUCCUGAGGAGCUACGUGGCUAAAACAGGUGAUUCUCGGGGGAGAAAAGAUCGACGGUCGCGAUCGAGAAGCCCCCCCAAGAGGGACCUCACGGAGGAUCGAAAUCGGGCCCAGCGGGAGAGAUCGCAUCGAGGAGAAGACGAUCAUCCUCAUCCUCCGAUAUUCCAUACACUCGCAGCAAGGGAGGUCCCAGUCAUGAAGGAUGAAAAAAGUAGUGCGGUCCGGCUGAAAAGAUCGAGGAAUGUGGAUCCAAUCUCUUUUUCAGAUAGCGACCUCCCGGGAUACCCGACUCGAAAUGACCCACUGGUGAUAACAGCUGAACUCGGGAAGUGGGAACUUCGGCGGAUCCUCAUAGAUCCAGGAAGCUCUUCAGAAAUCUUGUAUCGGCAAGCCUUCUUAGGCAUGGGGUACGAAAUGACACAGUUGAGGGCAGCGAGGGUCCCCUUGGUGGGAUUCGAUGGUGAAGCCGUAUACUCAGAAGGGAUCAUUCAGCUCCCAUUGACGGUAGGAGAGGUUCCUGAACUUCUCGAGUUAUGCUAG